CUUUCUCCAAGCUAAGAGAAUCUAGAUAAUAUUCUUUAAUAAUACCAUUGCUUAUUGUUCAUUUUGUAUCUAUCAAAUCACUUUAAUCCUCAAUUCUUUUUCUUCAAAGAGCUUGAGGCACCUCAAGUAGAAAUGGAAGAAGACUUAAACAUGUGGCUUUCUUUCUACAUGGAUGAAAGUAUCAACCAUGAUUUCCCUAUCAGAAGGUUUUGUCCUGCAAGAAUGGAUCAAGAUCAAGAAGGAGAGUUCCAUGACCAAGAAACAGUACUUGAUGAAAUUGAAUUGUGUACUUCAGAGAUUGAUGACUUUGUUGAUAGUUUCAUUAACAUGGAUCCAUAUGAAGAUCAAGAAGAGUCUCUAGAGGAGAAGAAACAUCAAAGUUUUGAUCACUUUAUAGUGAAUGAAGAUAAUGAUGAUGGUGAUGCAUAUUCCAUGAUGGUGAUAAAUGAUGUCAUUGGAUAUGUUCCAACCAUUAUGGAGGAUGAAGAAUUAGAGAUCUGUGAAAACACCACAAUCAAUAUGGAAAGCAAAGAUGAAGAGCAAGCCAUCAGACUCGGUAUGAACCAAGGAUUAGACUUGGUUCAUACGCUGUUGGCUUGUGCCGAGGCCGUGGGAUGCAGAGACACACAUCAAGCAAAUUUGUUACUUAACAAAAUUUGGUCUUUGGCAAAUCCCUCGGGAGAUUCAUUGCAAAGAGUUUCUUACUGUUUUGCCAAAGGAUUGAAGUGUAGGUUAUCACUUUAUCCACAUAAUAAUGUGCUUUCAAAUGGUACAACAAUCACAAAAAGUGCUUCUUCUAAUGAUGUUUCUUUAAUCACUUGGGAGAAAAAGUUGGAAGCUUUUAAGCUUCUUUACCAAACAACACCUUACAUUGCUUUUGGUUACAUGGCUGCAAAUGAAGCUAUAUGUCAAGCAUCAAAAAUAAAAAGUUCUAUUCACAUAAUUGAUUUACGAAUGGAACAUACUUUUCAAUGGCCUUCCCUUAUAAGGAACCUUGCUUCAAGGCCUGAAGGGCCUCCAAAGCUAAGGAUCACAGGAUUCAAUACCAAUGAAGACAACACAAAAAAACUUCAAACUAGCAUGAGUUUCCUUGUGGAAGAAGCAAGCUCAUUUGGAAUAGUCCUUGAAUUUUGUAUAAUAUCAGAGGCUGCAACUCCUUCUCUUCUUACAAUUGAGAACCUUAAGUUGAGAAAAGGUGAAUCUUUAGUUUUUAAUAGCAUCUUGCAAUUGCACAAAUAUGUCAAAGAGAGUAGAGGCUAUCUAAAGGAAAUUCUCCAAUCAAUCAAGAAACUAAGUCCAAUUACACUCACAGUUGUAGAACAAGAUACAAACCAUAAUGGACCUUUUUUUCUUGGUAGGUUUUUGGAAUCACUUCACUAUUACUCAGCAAUAUUUGAUUCACUUGAGGCAACUAUGGUAAGGAAUAGUGCACAAAGGAUGAAAAUUGAGAGAGUACACUUUGCUGACGAAAUUUGUAAUGUUGUGGCUUAUGAGGGACCUGAUAGAAUAGAGAGACAUGAAAGAGUCGAACAAUGGAGGAGACAAUUAGGGAGAGGAGGAUUUCAGGUAAUGCCACUCAAGUGUACGAGUCAAGCUAGAAUGAUGCUUUCUGUUUAUGAUUGUGAUGGAUAUACAUUGUCAUGUGAAAAGGGUUGUCUUUUACUUGGUUGGAAAGGAAGGUCAAUCAUUAUGGCUUCUGCAUGGCAAGUGUCAAGUUUGGAAAAGGGAGUAGAAUGAAUCAUCAUGCACUUAUUCAUUGCCAUAAUUUGUGUUUUUUAUUUAUUUAUUUUUACAUAUAACUUAAUUGAGCUAAUCAUUUUAUUAUACUUAGUCAAUGGCAUAUUUCACCCAAUUGAAGUGUGUCAGUUUUGAAGAACCAAGAUGAAUUAGUUAUUUAUGAAUGAACUUCUUGACCAUUAAGUUCAAUCUCACA